UCUGCACUUCCACCUCUUCAUAACACUCUUUCUCUCUCCCACACUCAAAAAAAUCACCAUGGAAUCCCUCAAACUUUCCCUCUUUCUUCUUCCUCUCCUCUUUGCUUUCAUAGCCUUUUCUAAUUCAGUGCUGUCUGAUGAUAAAGAGGAAAGUGUGUUUAAGGGAAUCAACAGCUACAGACAGAGUAAGAAGCUGGCACCCCUGGUGGAGGUUUCUAAGGCGGAAUGUUUGGCCGGAAAAGUUGCAGAAGAAAUAGAGAAAACGCCAUGCGAGAAUGUGAAUCAAUUCUACCCUUCAACUGUUUCUGGUGGUAGCAACAUUCCCAACCUGAGGAAACACAUUGAAAAAUGUGACAUUAACAUCACCACCACCACCGAUGGGGUGAUUCUCCCAGUUUGUGUCCCCAAAUUGGAACCCACCAUUGUGCUCUCCAAUUACACUCAUUCAGAUCGCUGUGCACAGUUUCUGAACAAUUCCAAAUACUCAGGUGCAGGCCUUGGUUCUGAGGAUGAUUGGAUGGUCCUUGUUCUCACCACCAACACUGCCACCGGCACUUUCUCUGCUUCUUCUGCUACUUCUCUUCUUCAUUCUAAUGUUGCUUCUGUGGGGCUUUUUCUCUUUGCUUUGCUGCUUCUGCUCACCAACUUCUUCCAUUGAGCACUCUGGUCUUUCUUUUUAAGCUUCAUUUUGUGGGAUAUGGACCCUUUAAUAUCGCUUCUGUUGUGUAAUGUACUGUGGAAUGUGAGAUGUGAAGUGAACCUAAUUAAUUAUGAGUUAAUUUGUGUUGUUGUUA